AUGACUAGAACAGCUCGUGGCCCCGUGAUCAAACCAUUUGCCACACGCAAACGACCAGAAUCGAUUCCCUUCCAUCUGCCCGGCUUUGGUGCCGAAAUUGGGCUGGUCAACGCAACACAGCUUGACGACGACUCGGUCAUAUUGCUGCCUGCUGGAUACCACCUCGACCCCAACGAAGAUGUCACGCUCUUUGCUAGGUGGCGAGAAGAGUGUAAUGCAGAGCGCUGCUGGAAAACAAGGGCAGUCUACGAGCAAAUCGGUCAGAAUCACCCACACUUGGCACCAUUCCUGCGUCGAGACCUAUGGACGGCGUUUCCCGUCUUCGCAAAACCUUCAGGUCCUCCAUCGAGCGAGUUCUUUUUAAGCAUACAACCACUAUUGCAUUGUUGGCUGUCUUCUGACAAUCAUCUCUCCCUGUUCCUCGUCAGCUUUCUUGACGCUGGCUUCUGUCGGGCGGAGAGAAACAGCUACAUCAUCGAGAGCGAUAAUUCAAGUCUUGAAUGUCUCCACGUGCUCAGUCGACACGAGACACCGACUAAGCAGACUGACCUAUUCCUAUGCGGGUGUGUGGUGUACAAUCUCAUGACGGGAGAUUGGCCGGGGAGCCGAUUGGUGGGACGGUCCGGGCCGUCAUCAGAGGCUGAAUGUAUGUGGGAAAUCGUGCAUAAGUGUUGGACUGGCGAAUAUGCUAGUGCGGAUGAGGUAAAGAAAGCGGUGGUGGCAUUCGUAGAGCACCUAGACUGGGCGGUGGAGGGGAGUGAGGAUCUGAAAGGAUCUGAUGUUAUGGAUCUCUUUUCUGAUUGA